CCUUCGUGUACCCUCUCUCCCUCACGCAGACAAAACUGAAAAGACUACUGCAAAGAUCUUCGCUUUGGGGUAUUUUAGGGCUUUUUGGAGUCAAUCAUGUCGGAUCUUCACGAACAGCAAUUCAAGUAAAUGUGAUUGAAUUCAUAUCUGAGAAAUGGAUACACAUGCACACAUCUACAUAACCACAAUUUCACUGAGUUACGUCCGGAUACACAUUUCAUCUUCACGCCGUGGCAAAUAACAGAAGGCGAAAGAGACAGAGAGAGAGAGAGAGAGACGAGGAGCACCCGGAACAGAAACAUCGCUAUUAUCUCACCUGAAGCAAGCAUUAGGCAGGAGUAGCAUCAUUGUAGGCUCUCUGGGAAAUCGACCCAGAGAGUGGAAUAAGGACGGAGUGAGGUGUCCUGCUGAUUGCUCAUUCUCCGGGAUGAAGUUAACAUUUGGUGUGCUCUCUGUGUCCGUUGCUUUGACUGGGGCGAUCAGCUUCGUGUUCCUGGUGGUAGCAAUUGGGACAGAUUUCUGGUACAUUAUCGAUGCCUCCAAACUGCAAAGCUCCUCCAAUUCGUCCGACCACCUCAGUUCCCAUUCUGGGCUUUGGAGAACGUGCAAAUUUCAAAGCAAAUGUUUUCACUUAAUUAAUCCGUUCUGGCAAGGAGACACAAACUUCACAGCCUCUCAAAGACAACUGCUAAAUAUGCAUGGAACAUUUGUAGUUCUACUUCCACUCAGUCUCAUCUUGAUGAUUUUUGGAGGAAUGACCGGAUUUAUUAGCAUUUUAGCACGAGCCUAUGCGUUACUGUUGUUGACUGGAACUCUUUUCCUAUUUGGAGCUCUGGUAACUCUUGGCGGAGUCAGUGUGUACAUCGGAUAUUCAGCUGCAGCAUUUAAAGCAGCUGUUUGUCUUUCUGGAAAGAAGAUUCUGGAAGAUAUUAACAUCAGGUUUGGAUGGUCCUUAGCUCUGGCAUGGAUCUCAUUCGUUGCUGAGGUCUUUACUGGUGUUGCAUUCAUAAUAGCUGCCAAAUUAACGAGCAUGAGAAGGAGACAGGAAGAAGCAACAUGAAGCUAACAUGCUUUUGAGGAAAGUUAUGGUGAAACAAAGACAAUUAUGUUAAGUUUCUGUAAAUUAUAUCGAAGUGGAAAUAAUGCAAUUGUUUCAAAACUCUGGGAGCUGCUCAAAUAUGCAUCUCUCACUAAGUUAAUAUUUAAUGGACUCUCAAUACUAAAAAUGUGAAAUUAAGUAUUAGUGGUUGAAAUACUUAAUGAAAACAGUCUGCUCUUAGUCACUGUUAGUUUAAUUUGCUUAACUGUUAAUAAAGUAAAAAUAUCUAUUAAUGUAACCUUCACAGAUAUUGUAACAAAGAAAUACUGUCAGUGGUAUGUGUGUGAUGACUGUAGCAGUAUUAUAUAGCAAUGCCGAAAGCUGUCAGAAUUACAGGUCAAGUGGCAAAGGUCUUCUGCUUUUGCAGCAAAAAUAUGUUUCACGUUUAACUCCAUUUCUACAAUCUAGAAUAAAAGUAAAUGUUGCCAAUUAGUACUGAGUAAACUAUAUCCCUUUCCAAAACAUUAAUGGGCUAAUUAUAUGUUCUGAAAAUGUGUUGCUGGAAAAGCGCAGCA